AGAACUUCCCCCAUCUGCCCCUCUGAGUUGACUCCGCCCUGCCGCCUUCUCACUUCCGGGCUGCCAUUGUAACAAUGGAGAAAAUGGCGGAGUAAGGAAAGGUCUGGGCGGAGGAAGCCGGAAUCUAGCGGAGACCGGAGCGAGGGGCCUCUCUCCGUGACAUCAUUAUUGUAUCCAUUCAUCAUCAUGGAGAGUGCUGAUUCCACGGGAAAAGGGAGCAUUGAACAGUCCGAAUCUCAGCGCCAAAGCCAGAUGGACAGGCUAGAUCGAGAAGAAGCUUUUUAUCAGUUUGUAAAUAACUUAAAUGAGGAUGACUACCGCCUUAUGAGAGAUAACAAUUUAUUGGGUACUCCAGGGGAAAUUACUAAAGAGGAAUUGUUGCGAAGACUUCAGCAAAUCAAAGAAGGUCCUCCACAGCCAAGUACAGAAGAAACAAGAGGUGGGGACCCUGCAGAGGAUUCCUCCAAUGGAGAUUCUAUAAUAGAUUGGCUGAAUUCAGUGCGGCAGACCGGGAAUACAACACGAAGUGGUCAGAGAGGCAACCAGUCCUGGAGGGCAGUGAGCAGGACAAAUCCAAACAGUGGUGAUUUCAGGUUUAGUUUGGAAAUCAAUGUGAAUCGUACUUCUGGCAACCCAAGUAUGCCUUCGCUUGACCAAUCGGCUGAGAUGCCUGGGGCUGAGGAUAUGGAAGUGAGCAGUCAGGGUGAGGCUGAGAAUGAACCUGAACCUAUACCGAUUGCCACAAGGUCAGCACCAGCAGAGGUGACUGUAGAGGAAGCACCAAUACAGAGGGGGCAAAGGAGGGCCCGAAGCAGAAGUCCAGAUCAGCGCAGAACUCGAGCUAGAACUGAUAGAAGCAGAUCCCCUCUGCAUCACGCUGUUGACCCACCUAUUCGAAGGGCUCCGCAUUCUUCAUCACAGACUGUUGAUACUUCCAAUACGGAAGAAGCAGAGGGUAGCUCUAGGACUAGGCACCAUGUUAGUUCUCAAGUGCAGAACAGCUCUUCAUCAAAUGAAACAGAGGGUAGCUCUAGAACUAGACAGCAUAUUCCAGCUAGACAACAAGUUCUUGGGACUGAAGGUCAGAGCCAAAGCACUGUUCAUCUGUCAAACCCAGAGACCAGAAGCUCUUCCCAAACACCUCAAACAGACUCCUCCACUAAUGCAGAGACUACAGGUACCGGACAGAGGCCUCCCACCAUUGUCCUAGAUCUGCAGGUAAGGCGCGUGCGCCCAGGUGACUACAGGCAGAGAGACAGCAUAGCUAACAGGACACGUUCACGCUCUCAGACUCCCAACAACACAGUCACAUAUGAGAGCGAAAGAGGAGGGUUUCGCCGCACUUUCUCACGGUCUGAACGUGCUGGAGUUAGAACAUAUGUAAGUACCAUCCGUAUUCCAAUUAGAAGAAUCCUGAACACUGGGCUCAGUGAAACCACAUCUGUGGCCAUCCAGACGAUGCUGAGGCAAAUAAUGACUGGCUUUGGUGAGCUCAGCUACUUCAUGUACAAUGAUAAUGAUACUGAUCCUAACAACCCCACAGCAGUAUCUCCUACUGCAGCAGUUCCUGGUGAAGCACAAAACAAUGCAAACGCAGAGGUCAGAGCUCCUAGUGCUGAGCCUACAGAACCUGUUGCUCCAGUGGAAACUGAUGAAGGCAGCAAUGUUUCAACUACUGCUACCAGGAGGGAGGGCCGCAAUAGCAGAGGGGCUGUCACAUUUGAAGAAAGUGGAUCCCUACCUUUUCUUAGUCUGGCCCAGUUCUUCCUGCUUAAUGAGGAUGAUGAUGAUCAGCCAAGAGGACUCACCAAAGAGCAAAUCGAUAACCUGUCCACGCGGAACUUUGGUGAAAAUGAUGCCCUGAAAACAUGUAGCGUGUGCAUAACAGAAUAUACAGAAGGGAACAAGCUGCGCAAACUGCCUUGUUCUCAUGAGUACCACAUCCAUUGUAUCGACCGCUGGUUGUCUGAAAAUUCUACCUGUCCCAUCUGUCGCAGAGCGGUCCUGGUUGCAAGCAACAGAGAGAGCAUUGUGUAAAUCCUUUAAAACAAACUGUUAGUUACGACCCUGUCGUUUCCAGAGCCUCAGAAGGGUCUGGGACGGGGGAGGGGGAACGCUUUUUAUGACCACUUUUUGAGUGGUGCUUUAAAUUAGGGUUUUGGAGUGAGUUGUCCUGUUUGAUUGCACAUUUCAUUUUCCUUCUGCAUUUAAUUGUGUUAAAGAAAUGUGUCACAGUUCACCAACAGGUGAUUGGCCUGUCUAAGGACAAGUAUUCCUCCACCACCUGAACAUGUAUUAAGCAAGGACAAUUGUUUCCCACAGCAGUUUUUAACUUUCUGUGCUGGAACGAUAUGCAAGGAGCCCCUUGGCACUGGAACGAGGACAUGAACUUGCCGCCAGGAUUGAUCUUUGCAUCCCUCACCAAGUUUUCUUUUAAAUAAAAAACAUUUAGUUGCAGGAGCUGCUUUAAAUGUACAUGUAUAUGAUUGUAUGUGUAUUUCUUCUCUUUUCUUCUUCAGUGUUUUUUUUUGGAAUGAGAGAGUUUACUUCAGCCGUGUUCUGUGGCCAUAUAUCAUUGCACAGAACUGUAAAUAUGCACAGAUAUUCACUGUUUUAUAUUUUUUUCAUUCCUAGGUGUAUUCUGCAUUCAUGUAGUUGUACCUUCCCCUCGCCAGAGACACUCGCAAUUCAUUAUAAACAAGUAAAAGUCCUUUCACCCCUUAAAAAUACAAGAAGUUGAAUAAACUCAGAAUCAACUGAAGACUAAAAUCGUUGCACUUAUAAGUUAUUGGCUACAGACUGCGCCAAUGUCAGCAGUGUCAUUUUUAUUUCAGUUACCCAUAAUGCUUGAGUGCAAGCAGCACUUUCACAUCCAAGGCCUUUGGAGCAUUAUUUCUGUCCGGGUAUAACUAAUGGGUUAAACCUGCAAAUCUAGAUUUGAGUCAUGUUUUGUUUUUUUUAAAUUAAGUUUAUAUGUUUUAAGGUUGUCAUUUUAACCCCUCUAAUAAUCUCCCCCAUUUCUUUAUUUAGUAAAAUGUAUUAUCUUAAGGUAUAUACAAGACGUAAUCUUUCUGUGUCCACACGUUCAGCUUCACUUUGAGUCUGGUGCUUAUUAAAAUAGCGUUCCAACCCCAGGCUGGGCCCCCUGGUGGAUGAAACCUGAAAGGGUCUUUAGCUUUUUUUUUUUGUUUUUUAGAAGACUGAUGAUUUGUAUGCUUGCAAACAAUGUAUAGAUUUGUGUGAGGUGACUUGGUGUUCUGCCUUGCUUCAAGGGUCAUCCUAUUUGAUCGCAAGUGGGCAAGUCCAAAAGUCUUUCUGUUCAUGAUGGGGUUGUGCUCUUCCUUCCAGCACUGAAAGGGUGCAGAGGUGGCAAAUGUAAGAGAGAAAAAAAAGUUUGUUACCAAUGGCAGCAUAUAUAUUCGGUUUUAGAUUGCCGCCUCGCCGUAGGCCUUUGUGUAAAUAAACAAAGAAUCUCAUGUAUGUCUGGAGGCUCAUAGAUGGCAUACUGUAGAAAUUUGCUGAUUUAGUUAAAUUUGGGAUAUUUAUCUUGUUGUGAAAUAUAACAAAUGUCUAUGCUUGUUGAAUAAAAAAAAAUCACUUUGUUUAAAAUGCAUAGCUUUUUGUAGAAGCUUCGUUAUGCCCCCCCCCCCAAUAUCCGACCACAAAUGCACAGUUCUUGCUUGUCAAGUUCUACAAGAAAAAAAAAAUGUGCAAGUAUGGACAUUAUGAACAGAAUUUUCGAUGCUUAUUAUAAAUUUACAUAUACAUUGCUUGCAGCUUCGCUGGAAAGGUCUGAUUUAUGAGAGUGGGCCUUGCUCCUGUUUCAGUAUAUGUUCAAAGACAGCUGCUAACCUGUAAUUGGAAUAAAUGUUUUAAACCGAA